GUAAGUGUAGUUUGUAUUUCUCUUUAAAAGUGGCUUUGAAAUCCAGUGUUCUCGGAAGAUCCUUGAAGAUGGUGCACAAGCUCGAUCUCGUUAUAGAUGGCACGACAAAGGAAGGGCUGCGCGAGGGAGCUACAGAGAUAGCCAAGAGUGUGCGAGCCGACUGGGAUCACGAUAAACUGCAGUUCAAAGUAUACACAGAUGGGAUUACCAACCAGCUAAUAGGGGUCUGGUAUGAUGACAGAGAAAAACAGAUUCUUGUUCGAGUUUAUGGCAACAAAACAGAAAUGUUCAUAGAUAGAGAUGCAGAGAGAAGAAAUAUUGAGGUGCUUCACAAAGCAGGAUGCGGUCCUGAACUACUGGCAACAUUUUCCAACGGCGUGAGCUACGAAUUCACGAAGGGAAAUCCCUUGUCUGAGGUGGACGUUCUCCUGGAACCCAUUUGGAAGGACAUUACUCGGGAAUUAGCCAAAUUGCAUAACAUUAAGGAAGGAGAUGGAAAGCCCAUGCUUUUCUCAAAGUUAAGGCAUUUCCUGAGUCUGCUUCCGGAUACCAUGAAUGAUGCCACACAGCAGCAGAGAUUAGUUGACAAAGGUUACACUAAGAGCAAGUUGGAAGAAGAAACAAACCUCUUGGAAGGUCACUUAGGUAGCUUAGGGUGUCCCGUUGUUUUCUCACACAACGACAUCCUUUUGGGUAAUGUGAUAUGGGACAAAUCAGCGAAGAAGGCUAGCUUUAUCGACUAUGAGUAUGGAGCUUCUAAUUAUCAACCCUAUGACAUUGCCAAUCAUUUCAAUGAGUUUGUCGGAAUGGAAAAUAUUGACUACAACAGAUACCCCAAUGAGGAGUUCCAACGAAAUUGGAUAAGGAGCUACCUCUCCUACUACCAGAGUGUGCUGCCAGAGAAAGUGGAAGAAAGCCAGAUCAGUCGAUGGUACGUCUGGGUGAACAAGUUUGCCCUCGCUUCUCACGUCUUCUGGGGAGUGUGGGCUCUGCUGCAGGCAUGCCACUCCGCUAUUGACUUUGACUUUUUUGGUUACGCUCUGAUCCGCCUGGAUGAAUACACAAAGAGAAAGGAGGAGUUUCUGGCGCUUACGACUGAAGAAUCUUAACGGCAGUAUAAUAAAGUGUAUGUUGUUUCAGGAUUUUUGGUUAGGGUGCCAUACAGAUUAAGGUGUUCAUGAGUUUUUGGAUGAGUAAUUUAAAGAUUCAUAUUGAAUGCAUACUGUUUACAUUGUACUUAAUUAUGUGUGAGUAAUUGUCUCUUAUGGAAACUCUCAGGUGCUGCUACUUUUUUACAUUUUGGAUUUAUAAAAGGGAAUAUAACCUUGUAAUAAACUAAUGAUGAACAUUAACAAUAUCAUAUUUGAUAUUGGAGUUGUUAUGAAUUAUGUAGUUGUGUUAGGCUACUGGAACAUCAAAGCAUUGUUCUAUUAUUUGUCCAUUUUUCCAGUGAGGUUUGCGGGCAUUUUUGUCCUUUGCUUUGAAAUGCUGUUUCUUAGCAUCAGGAAAUAAUGCUUGCGCUGUAGAAAAUCGGAAUUCUGGAUAAUGUAAUGUCUGCAUUUGUUAGCAUUUGUUAGGCAUUUCCAGUUACCUUUAUGUUUCUAAAAAUACCUUACCAUGUGCUACUAUGUAGAGUCCUUAACCUUUGUUAUGAAUGUGAUAUUAAAAUAUUUGGUUUUA